CAAGCCAAGAACCCUGGCAAGUCUUGGAAUAAUGUAACAAUAAUUUCAAUACUACAUCUACACACACACAUCACAUAUGCUCAUCACUGCUUAUGGCCUAUAUUCAUAGGGUGUUAAACCAGGUCCUGUCGAGAAGAUGGCUGUGAAGUCUGCCAAACCAAAGCAGAGGACCAUGGCUGAGGGAGUAAGGUCCACACUGUACAAAGCCAUCAGUGGGGAGUUGCUGGACCUGUCCAUUCUCAGAGUGUCAGAGAUCUACAAAGAGUUCAACCCUGUUUCUGCACCAACCAUUUGUACAAUGGGUAUCACCUGUGAGGUGCCACUAGUGGACUCUGCACUCGGUUUGGUACAAGCAGGCAGUCCCUUGUCAUACCAACAACCCAAGGCAAGAAGUCGCCCUGUUGCUCACCAUGACGCUCCACCAUGUCCAGAUUUGCCAUUGGCUGGCUGCAGACUGGAGACAUCAUGCAGUAUGUUUGUUUUCACUGAGCAUCAACAGCUGCACUUCAAGUCACUUGAGGUCACCUGGGAGAUGGCUAAAAAAAUAGAGGACGCAACUAGGGGUCAAAGUACAUCAGCAGACUGGCAUAGACUGAGAAAACCCAGACUCACUUCCUCACAUUUUGGCGAAAUAUGCCAUGCUAAACCAUGCACCUUAGAUAAGAUGGCAGACCGGAUGCUCAGAGGGGUCCGUCAGACAGCAGCAAUGAAGAGGGGUCUCGAAAUGGAAGCUGAUGCCAUUGAAGAGUACUGCAAGCUCAAGAGGGUGAACUACUACCCUUGUGGCUUCAUUAUACACCCCGACACUCCAUGGCUAGGUACAUCCCCAGACGGGGUUGUCUUUGACCCAACAGAAAAUACUGAAUUCGGCCUUGUGGAAAUAAAAUGUCCAAAUGUUAAGAGCUACGUGGAUUAUCCACAUUUGAAAAUGAAAGACGGCAACCUGGAAUUGAAGCAGGGUCAUGGCUACUACUGGCAGGUGCAGGGUCAGCUGCUCCUAACAGGGAUGGAGUGGUGCGAUUUUGUGGUGUUUGCGGAGGAAGACACCCUGAUUCAAAGAAUAUACCGGGACAGUGGUGUGAUGCAAAAAAUAAGAGAGAGAGCAGACUUCUUUUUUUUUUACACAUACCUGCAUAAAUAUCUGCUGUAAUAAAAUGAAU